AUGUAUGUUUUGAAUGAUGAGUGUGCAUAAAUGUGUGUUAAUUAAAUAAUAAUUAGUGAUAUUUGCAAUUUUAAAACGAGGAAUUUUGAUUCCGUUUUUGGCAUUAAUAAAUUAAUAAUGAGAACUCUUGUUGCCCUUUGCUUAGUGGCUGCCGUCUUCGCUAUUGACACAAACAAAUUUGCUGUGCUCCUCCAAACUGGUACUAGAGGAAAUGAUGCUGUUGAAUCAGUUUACAACCUCUUGAGAGAUUUGAAGACAGAAAAUGUUAAUGUCUAAGCUGCUGCCGACAAAAAGAAUAACACUGAUGAAGAAAUCUUUUCUUAGGUCAUUGGUGACUUGACAAAUGUUGCCUCCCUCAACAAAUAACAAUGGGAAAGAUUAGGUGCCGUUCGUACUGAUGUUGAAGCCCAAGUCAGAGAUGGAUAUUCAUGGUUGGCAUGGGCCGAAGCAAGACUUGCUGAAAUCGAAAGAAGAAAUGCUUAACUUUAAGACUAAAGAUGUUGGGCCAAUGGACUCUUUGUCAAAUCAUUGGCUGAUCACGCUGAUGCAAUUGCAGUCGUCUAACUCUUAUCACAAGACGUCGCUGGAUGGCUCACAAACAAUGCUGGAGUUGAAUUAGUUCAAAAGGCUGAAACCAUCGCCGACAAAUUGUCAGCAUACAGUCACCUCUUCUAAUAAGAUGCCAUGCAAAAAUUCUAAUCCCUUGCUGAAGUCAAGAGAGAUGGCACAACCGGAGAACAAGUCCUUUCCAUCUUAGCAGACUUACAAGCUGAAUUAGAGGCAACCCUUGCUACACUCUAAGAAUAAGAAAUCCAUGCUGCUUUCGCUCUUGCCAAAUACGUUUCAGAUACCAAUGCUGAAGUUGCUUGGUUGAACUCUGAACACGAAAGAAGAACAGGUCUUGUUGAAAAAUUAGAAACUCAUACUCCCAGCAGUUCUUGCUUAAUAAGCCAAAGCACUCAAAUUAUGGAAAGACUCCUUGAAUGCAGUUGCUGGUGCCACCGCCGAUUUGGAAGAAAAAAGAGAAUUCUAUGCUUCAGAAACAGUAAGAAGAUAAGAGGAAAACGCCAUCAUCGAUGUUGUCAUCUAAUUAUUCAAGGAUCAAGUUAGAGCCUUAGCCUCAUCAACAUCCCUUGGUAGAAAAUGAUUAGAUUAUAAAAUAUUCAAUUUAAAAAUAUCCACCAAGUUAAAACUACAUCAUCUUUAAUUUUAUUUUUAUUGUUUCUUUCUACAUUUCAUCAACCCCUAUAGAUGACUAAUCAAUUUCUCUGA